UACAAUUUAUUGAAACGUGACAAUCUUUGAAUCGAAAGUUCCCCGAAGUUUCCCUCAGUAUUUCAAGUUAAAUAUUUUUUUGCAGUGAGAACUAUUACUUUUAUAAUAGUGGCAAAAAGGUUUUACAACUAUUACAAAGCUUUUGCAACUAUUGCAAAAUCAAUAGCUCUCUCUCUCUCUCUCUCUCUCUCUGCAAAACACUGUUAACUCUCCAUAUAUAGUAUAGCUAAUCUUUUUAUUCGUGUAUAAAUUUAAAAAAUUAACAGUGGACUUCCACACCACCCUUGAGGUUCCACUAACGGCGCGUUAGGUUUUUCAAAGUGGACCUUUGCCUGGAGUCCUGUUAUACCACAUUUUUCCUGGCAAAAAUAAUAAAUUAUAAUGUUAAUUUUUUAAAUUUAUACACGAAUAAAAAGAUUAUAAACUAUCGAUUGAGCGCACUUCGAAUGUCGUCGGAUCAACCGUUGUUGAGAUCCGAAAAUCUGAGGGCCCGUCAAUUCGCGUACUCGCGUAAACUACACGGUCGGUAUCGCGCGCGCGCGAGAUAUCAAGCUAUUACGCUUACAUAUAUACUUGGCGCGAGACACUGCCGUGUCUCGUGAUCAGCCCUUCCCGUGACAUUGUAUUCGUCUAAACUCGACUGUUUACUUUAGAGAUACGACCUUUCCACUGGAAACGAUCAUUUGUGAACAGUACGUCUUAAUAAGUGCCAGUGGCAGGACGCACGUAUAUACGGACCCAGGAUCGGUUUUUCGGACAAGAUACAUAUUGUGGGCAAACGCGACACAAUCGAAAUUGGAGGAUCGUGCGGUGGCCGUAUCGGAUCGAAUACCAUGGAAAGGCCAUAUCGUAGCGCACUCGUUCGGCGAUUAGCCAAAGGUAUUGCUGAUAUUUAAGAACGUAAAACUAGUAUUUCAUAUAAUAUUUAGAAGUAUGACUAUUGAUAAUUUUUUUUAUUGUUAUAGAAUCCAAACGGAGGAAGAUGUGGGAAAACGUUGGUUUGGCUCUGGACCGUUGUACAAAAAUGAUAUACCUUUUUUUUGUAAGAGUGCUCGUAUUCGAUGCCUGGCUGUUGAGUCAAUUCACUGGCGUUAGGAAGUGGCUGCGGGGGAAAGGCCCGAAGCUACUUUGGAUCACGCUUCCACCCAUACUGUUUUUACUUGGGGCUUACAUCGCGCAGAGGCAUUUCAUUUUCGCCGAUUCUCCGCGCAAUGUCGAAAAUGUGCAGUCAUCACCGAAACGAUCCAUCACAGACUGGCUUCACUCUAGGGCACAUCCCCAGAAGGAUUUUGCCGAACGGAGAUAUAUCGAGUGCGGCCAGAAAAUUCAAAGUCUGGGGAUUGUUGAGCGAGAACGAUCUCGAGCCUGUGAUGUUUGCCAUGGCGAGUACGAAGUCACGGCGAAUUCUGACGAAAGUUGGCAAUAUUUUCCAGUUCAGAACACAAAGAUCAAGAGUCCAUACGAAUAUGUAGAAAUGAGGAUACAGAGCGAUCACUGGGGGCGAUAUGGCACGUGUUUGUGCAGAUAUCGCGUUCACGGGAGAUCUAAUAUAAUUAGGAAUUGAUCGCGCCAUGGUUCCUCUUCACUAAACAUUCGCAAGAUCGUUCAAGCAAUAGCAAGAAACGAGCCACAGCUCUACUCAAAUACGUGACUUCAACUACCGUUAACAAUAAACGCGAUUUGCCACAGCACCUGCAACUUCAGGUGUGAGUUAUACAUGGAUUAUUUAAUGGCUUUGUAAUAGAUUUUCAACGAAGCGAUAAAAAAACUUUAUACACGCGCCGAUAUUUAAUACACACGAUAUUUAAUACACGCCGAUAUUUAAUACACACGGGAGCCGGUUCCGUCAUCAUUUAAACGCAUCAAACACUAUAUAUACAUUCAAUAACGUCGAUAAUUUAUACCGAUCAAGAAGAUUGCACGAUUGAUUGGGUCAAGCAGGAAAACAAUUACUCACGAGCGUCGGCCCAAUGGUGUUCUACAAUUAUUACCUAUAUAUCUUCACUGCAUGGCCUUGCUGUAACUCGAGGAAAGCCUUAAGAGAAAGAAAGGAAACCUUAAGAGAGAGAAAAAAGAAACAAUUUCGUUCAUAUAUAUCUCUUGUUCGACGAACGCGGGAGAACGAUUAAGUGAGACGGAUAAAGAAAAUUGGCAAAGGCGGUUUUGUAAUUUCGUAAGGAAUUUUGGGUGUGAGAAAGAGUGAAAAAGAGAGAGUUUGUCAGUGCAAUAUAUGUAAUGCGUCGUGUAAAUAUCGAUUUGGCAGCGUCUCGUGCAAGACUGACACGUCGAAAGUUACCCCAAAGCGCGAAUGUGAAUCAUAUAAUAUAAUAAUAUUCGCAAUAACGCGACAGUACAAAUUGUAAGCGAUCGUAACGAUCAAUUAAUUAUAGUUAAGUACCGUUAAUUGCUAAUUUCUAAGCGUGCAACACAAUGAGUGGUUUUCGGCCGCCCUUGUAAGGAUCUAAACGAUUAAUAACAGCGGCAGUAACACGCCUCGAUUGUAUACAUAUUUAU